CGCAUGCAGCUCAUAAAAUGCUCAUAACAAUAACAAAAUGCAUUAAUAAAAGAAUGCGUAAACAUGCCGGCAAAUUGCAACAAAUUUGAGCAGCAUCCACAACUCAGCCGCAGCCUGACUAAGCGCCAGUUAAGUUUGAGCGCGACUGAGACCAAAGCAAGGGCCAAGGACCUGGCGGCAAUCGCCGGCUGCACAACGCUUGCGUUUGUAUUGUACCUAAACACAUUAAACGCUGGAUUUGUCUACGAUGACAGGCGAGCUAUCUUGGGCAACGCGGACGUAACCGGAGCUGCUGCCUCGCUGCCUCAGCUGCUGCAUAAUGACUAUUGGGGCACGCCGUUGAUGGACAGCGGCUCCCAUGGCUCCUGGCGUCCAUUGUGCGUGCUGAGCUUUCGUCUCAAUUUCCAACUGAGCCAAGGCACUCCCUUUGCCUUCCACCUCGCCAAUCUGCUGCUGCACUGCCUGGCCACAGCUCUCGUUAUGCUGGUGGCACGCACACUUCUUGCAACACGCGCAGCUCUGCUGGCCACUGGCGCGCUCUUCGCGGCUCAUCCCGUGCACACGGAGGCGGUGGCGGGCGUUGUGGGUCGUGCGGAUCUGGGAUCCUGCGUUUGCUGCCUGCUCGCCUAUCUGGCCUACGCCCAACAUAUGCAGCACAGAGAUUGGCAAACUCUCGCACUAACGCUGCUGCUGGCGCUGGCUGCGCUGCUCUGCAAGGAGACGGGCAUUGUGACGCUGCUGCUCUGCGGGCUCAGCGAUUUACUGCGCAGCGAGCACAGCAAGCAGCGGCUGCGCUCGUUAAGCGUUCUCCUCGCUGCGAUGCUGAGCACGCUCUAUGGCCGCCUCAUGCUGCUGCCACGCCCCUCGGUUAGCUUCUCGACUGCCGAUAAUCCCGCUGCCCACGAGUCCUGCUGGUGGACACGCACGCUCACAUUCCUGUACCUGCCUGUGGUCAACCUGCAGCUGCUGCUCUGGCCACAGCUGCUGAGCUUCGACUGGGGCAUGGAUGCCAUUCCGCGUAUUCGCACGCUCUGGGAUGCGCGCAAUCUGCUGAGCGUGGCGCUCUAUGGGUCACUCCUCACGCUCGGCUGCAAGGCCAUGCGAUUGCAUGCGCGCUCCAGCUGCCCCUCGCUGGGCUAUGCGGACAUGGCGAGCAUCUCCUUGCCGCUGCUGCGUCGCCUGGGCGGCAAUAGUUGUCAGGCCUGGCACGAGCUGCUCUGCGCCUGCCAACUUUCCCAGCUGCCGCCGUCGCGAAAGCUUAAGACGCCUACGAUGCAGUGCCCAGUGCCUGAAUCUGCAGCUGAAGCGACGCUCUACGUCGCGCUUAGUUUCCUAGUGCUGCCUUUUCUGCCCGCCAGCAAUCUCUUCCUCCAUGUGGGCUUUGUGCUGGCCGAGCGUGUCCUAUACCUGCCCAGCGUGGGCUACUGCCUGCUCUUUGGCCUGGGCUUCGGCAAGCUCUGGCAGCGAUUCCGCGCCAUUAGCUCCAAGCGCUUGCUGCUCUGUUGCCUCACAUUUCUCCUCUGCGCCCUCAGCCUGCGCACUGUCCAACGCAAUCGCGAUUGGCAUACUGAGGAGCAGCUCUUUGGCAGCGCCAUUGCAGUGAAUCCCCCGAAAGCCCUUGCUAAUUUGGGCAGCAUUUUGAGUGCACAAGGGCGUUACGAAGAAGCCAAAUUGGCAUUGGAGGCAGCCAUUGGCCAACGGGCCAACAUGGCGGAUGCGCACUUUAAUCUGGGAAUUGUGCAUCAACAACAACAAAAUUUCAACGCCGCCAUACCCUACUACCGUCGCGCCAUACAAUUGCGACCCCAGCUGGCUGUGGCACAUCUCAAUCUUGCCACAUCACUGCUGGCCAGCAACCAGAGCAGAGACGAAGAGGCUGCCAGCGUGCUGCUCACAGCCGCCAGAUUACCAGGACACGGUGUGCGCGAUCGCAAGGCACAUGAGGAGGCGCGUUGCAGUGCCUAUCUGCAGUUGAGUGCGCUGCAACGUGCCCGCGGCAUGCCGCAGCAAGCUGUGGAGCUGCUGCACGAAUCGUUGGCUGCUUUGCACUCGCCGCAACAGCGUGCAACGCUGCAUCAACGUCUAGCCGCGCUUCAUAUGCAGCUUGAGCAAUGGACUGAGGCCGAGCAGCAGCAACAUCUGGCACUGCAACUGCAACCACAACAAGGAGCCGUUUACGUGUCCUACGGUCAAACCCUGGCCAGGAAUUGCAGUCGCCAUGCGGAGGCGGAGUUGUGGUUCAAGCGAGCUUUGGAACUGUCGCCGCAUGAUCCCAGCGCUCAUCAUCAUUACGCUGACUUCCUGGAACAACAACAAAGGCCAGAGCAGGCGCUUAAGUAUCGUCUGCGUGCCGCCAGCCUGGCGCCGACAAAUUAUGCGCUACAAGCGGCUGUUGCCGACGCGCUGCGCGCACUUAAUCGUCUGGCGGAGGCGGAGCUCUGGUAUCGCCAUGCGGCUGCACUGCAUCCUCAGGCGGCGCACGCACACGCCAAUUUGGGCGCCAUACUGCAGAUGCGUGGCCGGCGGCAGCAAGCCGUUGAGUGUUACCGUAAGGCGCUGCAGCUGCAGCCGGGGCAUGCCACAAGUCGAGCCAAUUUGGCCCAGCUGAAUGUCAAUAUCGAUGUGGUCACGUAGCAUAAAGGACAACAGCAGCUCCAGCUGCGCCAGUGCCAGUUCACUGAGGCUUUUGUGCUAUUAACAAUUUCGAUUUAAGCUUCAUUCAAAAUUCUCCAGCAUUUCCACAUAAUGUCUCAAGAAGCCUACAAUAUAUAUUUUUAUUAACAAGCGUUAUAAAUACAAAUGUAAAAUCAAAUUGUAC